AUGCCGGCCAAAAAGAAAGGGAAGAAUCCCACAGCGCAGGCUCCGGUGCCUCCUCAACCACAGACACCCACAUUGCCACCUCCAUCUGAACAAUCUCAGCGUAACUUCGAGGAAGAACUCGACGGUUACCCCGAAGUGCAAUGUAACGAGUUCCUCGCCACAAAAGCAAUUUAUCCUGACGAGUUUCAGCGCAUCCGGGGCAGGAAGGAUGCCUGGAAGACUCAAGAGAACUUAGCUUUUCAGGUCAGGGUCUCACCUCUCGAAAGUCGUGACUAUUUCGCCAAACUCAUCUUCGAGUUUCCACGCGACUAUCCGAAGGUGCUCCCCAAGAUCAACAUUGUCGAGGUUGGGCCUAAAGAUCCUGACCUGAGAAAGCGAAUCGAAGACAUUAUUGCCACCAACCUGAAGCAGAACCAAGGAAGUGAAGUCGUCUAUGUGGUCAACACUGCCAUCAUGGAUUUCCUGGACCAGACUUACUCAGACAAGGCCGCCAAGAAAACGCAGUUCAGCCUCGAGGAAGAGCGUGCCGCGCAAGAAGCUCUGGCCAAGAAACAUCUGCAGGAGAAAGAAGAAAGUGCUCGCAGACAACAGGCAGAAGAAGCAGAGCAGAAAGAAAAGCUACUAUAUUCACAAGUCGAGAGCGAAAAACAACGUCGCCAAAAGUCUAAUCUGUCUCGCACAGCCACUGGGGAAGAUGGCGCGGUACUUUACGAUGCCCCAGAAGAACAAACCCGGUUUGACCAGACCAUGACCUGCAAGGAUACAGUCACAAACACGCCAUUCAAGUUCAAGGCAGUCUCGGGCAGAGUCGUCAUUCUCAGACGGAAAGACAAGAAAAUCACGAUCGUCUCCCCUCGGGUGGACACCGAACGUGUUCAAGCCCCCCAGCUCCUCCUCAAGGAUAUCUACAUUCCCGAGACGGCAAAUACAUCGGCUCACAUGCAGAAAUGUAUGGAGAUCGUUGAAGCAGACCUGGAAUUCUCAAAGGAGCAUCAUCACGAGAAUGUCGUCGACCUGAUCAACUACAAGAUUGAGCAUAUCACCCUUGACAAUGGCACAGGCGAAUGGACCCUAGCCGUUCUUUCCGAAUUUGCUGAUAAAGGCUCCCUUGAUGACCUUCUCGAGCUUUCUGGGCCGCUCAAUCCAGCGAAAGUCCGCACUUGGACUCGAGAACUCGUUGAUGCUCUCGUCUUCUUCGACAAACAUGGCUACGUUCAUCCCGCAGUCCAUGCUGGGAACGUCAUGCUUUUCAUGUCCCCAAACAGAGGAGUUACGGUCAAACUUGCUGACGGUUACGGGACAAAACUUCGAGAACUUGUUGACGCCGUCCGAGAUAAGUCUGGUGCGAAGACAGAGAAGCUGCCUCUUUGGAUCGCUCCCGAGCUAAACAAUGAAGCGCCAGCACGAACAAACAAGACCUGUAUAUGGGAUCUCGGCGUGAUCGUGAUGCAGAUGGCCUUGGGCAAAGGAGUCAAGUCUAAAUAUACAUCGCCCGCGGAUGUGCUCGAGGACGUCGACUUUGAGUCCAGUGCUCAAGGACUGCUGCAAGAGAUGUUUCGAUCCAAUCCGAACCGGCGCCCUUCAGCGUUUCACCUCUCCAGCAAAAAGAUCUUCUUCGAGGAAAAUGACAAACUCUUCCGAACACAGUCCCUAAAUCCGCUCACUACUCCGGGCCGUGUGAGACGUUACAGUGAUAGACCUGGAAAUUCUAGGUAUCGAAACGAAUGGGAAGAAUCUACCAUGCUUGGAAAAGGUGGCUACGGUAAAGUCGUUCGUGCCAGAAACAAAUUGGACGGGCAGUAUUACGCCGUCAAAAAGAUCAAGAGUGAGUCGACAAAGGAACUAGAAAGCAUAUUACGAGAGGUCACCCUGCUUGCGAAGCUCAACCAUCCGAAUAUUGUCAGGUACUACAAUGCCUGGUACGAGAGCGCAUACGAACAAGUAGAAGACACAGCUCCGCGAGCAGUCCCUACCAGAUCGAUCCCUCAAACGGCUCCCUUAAGUUUGGGUCACGAUUUUAUGGAACCAUCAGUUUAUCGAAACCAGGGUGCAGAAUACAGCGACUCUGACGAUGGUAAUCUGUUUGCUUAUCAAGAUCCACCUUCCAUUGGUGCGGACGACGGCUUUGACGACGACCCAUUUGAAAGUGAUCCAGAGCCGGAGAGAUCUGAGGAGCACGGAUCGACUGAUCCUUUCGAGCGUUCAGAUGCCCCAGACUCUGACUCCCCGCAGGGUGUCAACCUCGACCCCUUCCGCAGUGAAGACUCGCCCCAAGCGCCCUCAAGCCACAUUCGGUCACGCUCAAUGCCACAGAACGAACCAUCCGUCCUGUAUAUUCAAAUGGAGCUUUGCGAUGGCCGCACAUUGCGUGAUCGAAUCAACGGAGGUCUGCCAAAAGAUGUGGAUGCUGGGUGGCGAUUGUUUCGGCGCAUACUUGAGGGACUGGCCUACAUUCACAGCCAUGGCGUGGUGCACAGAGAUCUCAAACCCGAAAACAUCUUUCUCGACUCACACGAUACUCCGAAAAUUGGUGAUUUCGGUCUUGCUGGCUACGGACAAGCAACAUCCAGGCCAGACCUCUCGCGGUCAAGGCCAGGGAUGACUACUGUAUCGUUCGAUAUUGGCACCGUCGGGUAUAUGCCCCCUGAGCUUGAACACACGGGAAGCAGCUACGACUCGCGUGCCGACAUGUACUCCCUUGGAGUCACGUUCUUCGAAAUGUGCUUCUCAUUCAGCACCCAGACCGAACGAAGAAUCUCCCUGGAAGUCAAGCUCAAGGAAAAUCCACCACGCUUACCGCAGCUCUUCAAGGAAGAAAGCCAUCAAAAACAAGGGGAAAUAAUUGCGCGGCUCAUUGAUCAUGAUCAAACUCGAAGACCAACUGCCCAGAUGCUCCUCGACAGCGGCGUGAUUCCUGAGCCACUAGAAGAUGAGAAAUUUCAACGCUACAUUGACAGGAUGGCGGCAGAAAACCCCGGUGAAUACCGAGCGCUCAUCACGAAACUCUUUGCAAACCCAAACAGCCCCGUUGCAAGCCUUGCCUGGGAGGACAAGUCGACAACAAUGAGCACGGCCUCUGUCGACUCGAUGCUUUGGAUAUCUACUUGCGACCAGCUGAAAUCCAUCUUUCGACGCCAUGGCGCAGUUGAAGUCGGUCGGCAAAGCAUCAUCCCAAAGGCGGAGUUCUACCCACACGCCGCGACUUUUCUCGAUUCUUCCGGCUUGGUUGUCCAGUUACCAUAUGAUCUUACUCUCCCAUUCGCUCGCACUCUUGGACAACAGCGUCCUUCGAAUUCCAGUAAAACUUACUGCUUUGGCACGGUGUAUCGGGCUUCUCCACCAGGUUCACAGCCGAGACAAUUCCCUGAAGUUGACUUUGACUUCAUAUCUAACAGUGCCAAAGACUUGCCCUUGAAAGAGGCUGAAGUGUUGAAGGUGCUUGACGAGAUUCUUACCGAGUUUCCUGCUCUUGCCGCACGCUGCUGGAUAAUCUACCUUAAUCACGCCGACCUCCUCGACCUCAUCCUCGACUUCUGCCGAAUCAAGCCCGUUGAGGCUGCUGAUGUCAAACGGGCUCUAUCACAUCUCAACACCCAGGGUCACGAAUGGAAGCAAAUACGUGAAGAGCUGCGCAGUCCCGCCAUCAACAUCCCAGAGACGUCUGUCACGGAUCUCAAGCGGUUCAACUUCGACGGAGACUUGGAAAAGGUCCGCACAAAGCUGGCCAAGCUGUUUGGUGACUCCGACCACUUCAGCAAGGCGUUGCCGCUCCUGGGCCGCCUGGAUGAGGUCACGAAGUACCUCCAACGCAUGAACGUCCAGACACAGAUCCUCAUCGCGCCACUCAGCAACAACUCGGAGUAUCUGUAUCGGCGGUCGCUCCUCUUCCAGUGCGCGGACAGCGCUUCGCGGCGAGUUCUGGCCGUCGGCGGGCGGUACGACGCCCUGGUCCAAGAGUAUCAGACCAAGUCUGAUAAAGGCAAUGCCCGUGCGGCGGGGUUUCGCCUUAACAUAGUAGACCUCAUCGGGUACGUUCGCAGCCAGAUCUCCGCCCAAGCGAGCAAGUCGUCUAAGACGACAGCGACCGCCGCGGCGGAGUCGAAGCCAGUGGCUAGGAGAUGUGACAUCCUGGUCACCAGCUUCGACUCCAACGCGCUGAAGACUUCGUGCUUGGAGGUCUUGUCGUCGUUGUGGGCCGCCGGGCUCAAGGCCGAGCUCUCCGAGGAGUUCCACUCCUUGGAAGAGCUAGAGAUGAGCUACGGCAGCCACAAUGCCGGAGGAUACUGGCUGGUGAUCGUGAGGGGAGGGGCGCUCGGAGAGAGGAACUUGAAGGUCCGGGGCCCCUCCCGCUCUGAGGACGAGGUGAAGGCGGUGGAGUUGGUGAACUUUUUGCGGCUGAAGAUGGCGAAGAGUAGAUAG